AUGUCCAGUAUGUUUAGAAUACCAAGUUCUUUGCGUGUGUUUAGUGGGUCAAGUAAACAGAUCUUCACUUCAAGAGGUAAGAUGUUAUUUUUCGAUCAUGAAGCAUCUAAACGAUUGAAGUAUCACUUAUAAAUUUGCUUCUCAGUUUUGUGUGAAUAAUAUUUGCGUGUGGCUUGUGCAGUGCUUUGAAGCACUGCAACAUUAUUUUCUGCUCUUUUCAUUGUAAUCCUUUGAAGACUAUAAUCGUGGAUCAGGGACACUUUUUAUUGUUCAUAUUUCUUGAUUUUAUGGUUAGCCGAAGUUAUAUGAAAGGCAGAACUUGGACAGUUUGCGUCAUUAUUUCCGAUUGUACAGAGCGUACAUGACAUACAUGUACUUCCGUUAACUUUAUCCAUAAAGUAGUCUUUACGAGAAUAAUUAUAUAGGGGAUCAGUUAGUCUCUCAUUUGUGAUUAACAGAUUUUAACACUGAAAACUUCUCUUGCUUUUGCCAUUUAUUAAUAACUUGUUAGUUACAAGUCAGGUUUGUACUUUGAACUGUGUUUUCCAAAUGCAAAUUUGAUCAUCGAUAUGACAUAACAAUCAGGUCCAGGUAACCUGCUUAGACAAUUUUUUUCUCUUUUAAGUUGUAUGGUUUUUCAUGCAGCACAUUCAUAAUUGCAUAUGUGUUUGUCAGUGUAGAAGUAUCUGAUGAGGCACUUUCGAGCUGGUUUUGUGAUAAAAUCAAAGACCACAUGGUAAUAUGUGACAAGAAAUACAGUUCUCUGUAGUCUGAAGAGCACAUCCCAUGGUGUUUUAAGCAAGAUAAGGGGUCUUCUGCCAAUUACUAUCGUAAAACCUGUGUAGAAUGUUGGUAGAAUGAGAGAAAAAAGUUGCUGCUGUGUGAAGUGUUUUUCAGCUUUUUGCAUUCUUCCAGCAUUCCAUACUGGUAAACAUACAUACAGUAGUUCCUUUUACAAAUCAAUAAAUCUUAUUUGAACACAACAUUUAUCUAAUAGGUGAUGGCUUUUUUUACUAAUAAACUCUCAUAUCUUUGUUUGAUAUCAUUUUUAUAAGAGGAAGCCUUACAACCUACUUUAGAUAUUUUCAUGUCUUAUCACAAAAUGAAAUGGCAUCUUUGCAACUAGCCACCUCUAUGUACUGACCAAAAAAUGUUGUUCUGGCUACUGGUCCACACAAUUAGCUUAGUUUACUACUUCCUAGUAAUAACUAAAGGUUAGGAAUUAUGAGUGAUGUUGAUGGAAAUGCUCUUGAUCCAUCCAAUUUUUCCAAACAUUUUAUUAUAAUUUUCUUAUUAUGGUAUUUUUUCAGAACAGUAACUCAAGGGAGAAAGGUUAAUAACAUUUAAUUCUUUCCAAGAGCUAUAUCUGUUGUAAAUUAAGAAAAUAAUAAUAAAAUAAAAUGUGGCAGUGGCAUUUUUUCCUAACCUACUUGGAGACAGGCAGUCUUAGAAUUGACGAACAAAGCAACAGUAUAACCUCCCCCUCCCCCUCCUUGGAACGCCUCAAGAGACAGGCUCACAAUCUUUUUAACAGGCUGUAGCAGUACACAUUACAUGUACACAUCGUAGAUUGAUAGUCUGAGAAAUAAAUGUCUUUGUUUUUCCUUUUCUUUUUGUUUUUUUCCAGAAUGUGUAAACUUUUGUAGAUUUUCUUCUGCAAGGAGACUCCACAUUCUUGGAUCAAGAGAGUUGAUAAAACCCUCUGCUUAUAAAACGUUGGGAGUUUUCAAUCAUAGCCAAGAAAAAAGUUGUAGAAGCAUUUCAUCCUCUAGUGAUGGGAAUAAAGACAAAAAUGGCAAGGGAACUGGAAACCAGUGGAGCUGCCCAAAGUGUGGGAAUCCAUGUACUACAGUAGAACGUAUGUAUAUUUGACCCCAACCCAUAGAAUUAAUAAUUGCUUGAGGUUCUUAAGCCAUGGAAAAUCUGGUUGAAAGGUGUUCAAUGGAAUGGUACAUUUAAAUAUGGUCUGAUUGGAACAAUUUGGUAUAAUUGAAAGUACCUUUGUCAUAAUGUGGGUGGAGGAGGAAGGGGGGUCAUAUUAAAUGCCUAAUUUGGUCUUCUUUUUACUUCUUCUCCAACGUUGUUCGAAUUAUUGCAGAACAUUGUCCAGAACUUUAUAUUCAAAUUUAGUCUUGCAUUUGUAAAGUAAAGGAAAGAGAAUGCCUAUCUCUGGGUUUGGAAGGAACAAAAAUGAAUAGACAUUCCUUUGUUUAUUUUGUUUUUGUAUUCUUUUUUGUUAAUUUUGUCUUUUUUUGUUAUAUUUUUCAGCUACCACUCGUUUUGUGCAAUGUGAUAAGUGUCAUCACUUUUUCUUAAUCUUAUCGGAAUCAGAUACAGCUAAGCGGUACAUUCAUGUUAAAUAUGAUAAAGCCUCAGGCAGUGAAGCAGACAAACAGAACAAAGCACUACAAAGUCCUCCACCACCUCCCAGAAAGGUAUGGGAGUACAUGUACAUGUAGCAUAUUGCUGCAUAAUGUAUUUAUAACACAUUAGUGAUACAUGUUUAUUCAGUAGCCAUGAAUCUCUCUGAAACCUUGGCCUUCAAAAACACAUUUAACACAUCAUUUAAAUGGCAGACAAUAACGACAAAGAAUCAUUCUCUUUUAAAUAGGAAAACUGACUGCUGCACUGGGCAGAAGCCCAACAUAAUGCAAGCAUCAGUCCCCGCUUAUUUACAUGUAUAUAGAUCUGAAAGAUAUAAAUGUGUUUAUACUGCAGAAGCAGUCAAACAAGAAAAAUGCUUAUAACAGACUCUGAAGUACAGAUCUAUGAUUGGUAAUCUAGUAAAGUUAUGAUCAUGCCUGCUGCCGGUCAGAAAAAAAAAACCUUAACUGAGGAGGAAACCUGAACUGGCUCCUAAAAGCAGAGCCAGACACUUAACACGAACCUUAUGGGAGAGAGGUUGAACUAAAAUAACAAACUAUAAAGACGUUACAGGUCAAGUUUGAUUUCAGAUUAAAUUUGAUUUAACCUAGGUUGAUUCUCAAUUUCCUUUGUCUCCUAGCCCUAAGAGACAAAGGAAAUUGAGAAUCAAUCUAGGUUAAAACAAUUUAACCUGAAAUCAAAUUUGACCUGUAACAAAUACAUGGAGAACAAGCUGCAAUUGAUUUAAAAUACAUGAAAAGAGAAAAGGGUAAAAAUCAAAUCAAGCCAGCAGCGAUGUCAGCUUUAAUAGAAUGAUUCACCUUAGUAUCCCGCCCUUUUAUACCGACUUCUCCAUGACAGCUAGACCUUUCUUGUGUUCCUGUAAACAAAGGUGCCAACUCAGGACUUGGGUGGAAUUGUCUAUCUCCUAGCAAUGACCCCCAACUGAACCAGGCACCCAUAACUCUGACUUGCCAUGUAGUCAGUCAUUAUCAAUGAUUUGAAUUAAGUACUGAUGAUGUUGUCGUUGUUUGAAUAUUAUAGGAGCGUUGAAAUGACUAGAACAUGAUAAAAUAUUUUCCUGCAGAUAUAUGAAUACCUAAACAAGUAUGUGAUAGGUCAAGCACAUGCCAAGAAGGUGUUGUCAGUAGCUGUUUAUAAUCAUUACAAGAGACUAUCAGUUAACUUGCCACAAUCCCAGCAAGCCUCAACACCUGCUGAAGUCAAACCAGUUCCUGUACAAAGACAGUAUGCUGGAUCACCACAAGGUACUCACUGCUUCAAUGAGCAUUAUUUCGUACUUGCACGUUACAUGUGUUUACUUGUUUAAUGUGCCAUGUCUUCAAUCAAACUGUUUGGUAGUGUUUUGUUUGUUUUGCAAAAGUUUAAACAGGUCAGCAGUGUCCUUCUUGACCACUGUUUCCUUCGAGAACAAAGAGAUUUGCAUAUUGUAUGCAUGAAAUUCAGUUUUCUACCAGGUCAACUGAUCAAAUUUAUAACAUGCAAUGAUUUGUUUUCAUUAUUAAAACGUAAAACGCUUUUGAUCCUAUUUUGUUAAAAGUAAACAUGGCAUUUUAUUCAAUGGAAAUGGAAUCACUUUGAAGGCUUUUGGUUAUAUUCCAUGUUGCUUAUUUUGUUUUGUUUUGUUUUAGACAAAAUGCCUUAGCUUGGUGUUCAUGUACAUGUAUUAAUUAAUCUUAACUUAAACUGGUGAAUGCUGUUCCCUUUUUAAAAGAAUUACAGAUGCUCAUGACACAAACAUCCAAUCUCAAUUCUCCAUUGGGAGCUAGUGGUGUUCACUCACCUGCACAAUUACGUGAACAAGCUGGGAGUGACAUACUAGACUCAGAUGUAGAAAAGAUUCAACUGGACAAGAGUAACAUCCUUCUGUUAGGACCAACUGGCUCAGGUAAAGAACAAAACAUUUUAGUGAUGAAAAGAGAAAAAAAGACAAAUUUUAAGCUCUGUAGUAUAUUAGAAAGGACUGUAGUACCUUUUCUGUAGUCAACCCGACUAGCUAAAUAUCUUUAGACUCCUUCAUAGGAUUUAAACCUGAGUGUAACAAUAUUAUGACUGCUUGAGAAGUGAAUAAAAUGUGACAAACACUUCACCUAAACUGCAUUGCAAAUUAAUGUCAGUCAUUUGUUUGUUUACUGUAGCUACUUCAAAGCUUGAGAAUGCAAUUCGAUCUUGUGUGUGGUAACUUGUAAUUUCAUUUCAAUUAUUAUUUUGUUAUUGCAGUAGCCAUUUUUGAGGGGUGAAAAAGUCAGGUUUUUUCUUUUUCACAUACACAUUUUUCGACCACUUUCUAAAACUGUUUUUUUUUUCCUCAGGUAAAACACUAUUAGCACAAACGAUAGCUCGCUGUCUUGAUGUGCCAUUUACGAUAUGUGAUUGCACUGCCUUGACACAAGCUGGAUAUGUGGGUGAAGACAUUGAAUCUGUGAUUGCCAAGCUCCUACAGGUUGGUUUAAGCAAUUGUUAUAAAAGUAAAGUCUUAAAAUUAUAUAAUACCUGUAGUUCCACUAAGGCAGGGUCAAAAUUAGUCACAGAACCAAUAAACACGAUCAUUUUCUCUGGUUUUGGAUUACUUCUGUGUACUUUGAAAAAUAGCUUGUUCACACACCCUCUAUUUUCUCUUCAAAGUUCGUCUAGCGCGCCUGAUAAAAAGACAAAAACCGCAGGAGAUUUAUUGACCGCCAGUGCAAAUGGGUAGGGGUGGGGGAACUGUGUACAGACUACUUGAAAAAGUGUUGGAAUUUCUUUUCAUGACAUUAAGUCACUUCUUUUCAGUUGUAAUUUCAACUCUUUUGUUAUCUUGCUUUCCUACCUACAAUUAACAGGAAGCUGGAAACAAUGUUGAAAGAGCACAGCAAGGUAAACUUUUGAUUUUUACCCGCCAACUGAUUAUUAUUUUAUAAACAUUCUGUAAAAUACUGAAAAGCUCUGUCGGCUUCAUGGAAAAUAAUUCUGACUUCACGUUGUGUUGCUUUGCCAGGGAUUGUAUUCUUGGAUGAAGUUGACAAGAUAGGUUGUGUUCCUGGAGUGCAUAACUUAAGAGAUGUUGGCGGAGAGGGAGUACAGCAGGUAAAAUGUUCAGCAAACUCUAAUCUCCAAGCUUUUCCCUAAUCUCCUUCAAGAUCAACCAUACCGGUUGCCUGUGCCAAAACUUGGAACACGAAACAUCCAGCAACAAUAUAGAACAUGUCAAAUUAAUGAAACAACAUGCGGGAAAAAUAUUUUGUAGAUUAAGGGUAGGGUUUCUAUUUGUCUUUUUCAUUUUACCUGUUGUCAGGUUUUGCAGCAUGAGUGUACCAGGGUGUUGCAGUGUGUUCUGGUGUUCAAGGUCUUAGUACAUACUGCCUGCUUUGUGAAAGAUGUCUAUCACUCACACACUUACCUAAUACAAUUAUUGGUGACAGGAAAGGGGUAGGGGGGCCCGGGAGGAUAGGGGCGGAGGGGUACGGAAGGCAUAAGAUCAGAAGAAAGAACAGGGGGUGGGAUUUAAAAAAAUUUCGGUAGGGGGGAGAAAAAGGAGGAAAUUAAACAACUGUUCUUAUAAUAAUUAUCGAAAAAGGGCGUAAGGGAGGAAGUCAGGAAAAAAAGGGGGCGGGAGGUUUGGACCCUCUGUGCCCCUAGUAUAGCUCAUAGCUUUCGAAAAAAAGGCAGUCAGUGGAGUUCUUAGUUUAGUCAAAAAUACCUAUUCUUAGCGAAAUAAAAUUACAUAAAACAGCUAUUGUUUAAAGAGAGACUUGCUCGUCAGUUGUUUUACAUGGUGCUUCAAUUAUAAUUUCAUUACUAUUAGGUGUUUAUGAAUUAUGUUGAUCUUGUGGUGGUUUAAGAAAAUUAUUUUGAAGUUCCUUGUUUCAUUUGGUCAAUGCAUUUGCUUUACUUGGAUUCUCUUCUUGUGGUUGGCCUCGUUUCACCCAACUUUUAAUUCAACUCUUUUAAUGUCUUACUUCAAUACGGGUAGAUUUGAAAAUUACGAUAUUACGACUGAUGAAAUAUCUUCUUAUCUCAGGGUUUGUUGAAGAUUCUUGAAGGUACAGUGGUGAAUGUGCCGGAGCGAAAUUCACGUAAGGUGCGAGGUGAAAGUGUGGCUGUGGAUACUAAAAACAUCUUGUUUGUGGCAUCUGGAGCCUUUAAUGGACUGGACAAAAUUAUUAAGAGAAGAAAUCAGGAGAAGGUACGGUUACAGAAAUUCAUUAAAGCAACAUUGAAGUUACAAUCUUCAUACGCAGCAAAAUGCGAGUCUAUCAUCAACUAUUUAGGUGGCAAUUUGUUGACCAGCCCCACACUGUACGUAGCUGCUAUGAGAGAGAUACACAUGUAUAGAGUCACGGUUACGUACGGCAAACAGCAAAUGGCGGAUUCAAGUUAAGAGUUUCUCAAAAUAGAAAGUAAUCAGAUAAAAACAGUUUUUAAAACAGUUCUUAUGGAUGGAAACUCGGAACUCUGAAGGGAAACGAAAAACAGUUUGAGUUAGCGGGGGAAUUACAGUUAUCGGGGUAAAUUUAAGUGAAAUUUUGAUCAAGGGAAAGGAAAUUUAGUUCGAGUUAGCGGGGAAUUCGAGUUGUCCGAGUUCGAGUUAUCGAGGUUCUACUGUAAUUUGAAACUUAUAAUUUUUUGUGGAAGUAAAGAACAGUUUAAGACAAGUAAAGCAAAAACUUGGUCACGUGGUACAAAUUCACUUUUGCCGUUUGACGCAAACGUGAGUCUAAAUGUCUCCAUUUUCUUUUGCGUCCCGGUCACGUACAAUGUACUCCCAAUACAAACUGGACUCAGGUUGUAUGGGACAAGCGUUGUUGACUGAACAGAUCCUUGGACACGUAUUUCCAAAAGGUAUCGCUGCACAUUUUGCAGAGGUGAAUGAAAUCGUCACCAACUUGUUAACGGAAGGAAAGCCCGCGAACAGCAUUGGUCGAACAUACUCCUUUAUUUAUGAUUGGUACAAGCUUAGUAAAUUACAUGAGUAUUUUGAUGCUUUUGGAAUUCUUCCGUUUUUAGCAAAAAGACCUAGAAGAGUGGUAAGGACCGGAUACAUGUAGAAAUGAAGACUCCUUUUCUCUUUCGAAUAUACAGUAAAAACCCGCAUACAAGAACACCCAUUUUCGGGGUUCAGGCUGAUUGGGUUCUUAUAUAUCGGGUAUUUUAGGUGAAAUGAGCCUGAAAGUGUUCUUAAGUGUUCUUAAUUUUUUACUUCUAAAAAAAUGUAAGUUGUUGUACAUUUGCUAUACACAGCAAGUGAAAUUACUAGCAUUUAUACAUAGAUCUUAGUGCAAUACCACAGUAAAGCUACAGACACUGUUCUAUUAAACUGAAAAGGGAAGAGUUUUUAUAUGUAAGAACAAUUUUCAAUUUUCAGGCUGAACGUGUUCUUAUAUAUAUGCUCCUUUUUACCAAAUUUCAGCCUGGGUGUUCUUAAUCCACAUGUUCUUGUAUGCGGUUUUUUACUGUAAUUCAUUAAACUCGAGGAAUGUCUUUCUACAGUAUUUUCUUCGUCAUGUCGUCCUUUACUCACUAGUCUUUCUUCAAUCCAGGUGAUUGGUUUUGGGGCUCCAAUAAGUGACCGUGGCUCGAAAGAGAAAGAGCUAGACAUCUUCAAAAACUCCCAGCCGGACGUUCGCGAAGACAAUGCCGAGCGGGACAAGCUGCUUAGCCAGGUAGAAGCGCGGGAUCUUGUCGAGUUCGGGAUGAUACCCGAGUUCGUGGGUCGUCUUCCGGUGGUGGUAAGCUUGCACUCCUUGGAUGAAGGUUCUCUGGUUAAGAUUCUUACCGAGCCUCGAAAUGCCUUGGUGCCGCAAUAUCAAGCGCUGUUCAGCAUGGACAAGGUGAGUGAUCUCCAUAGGUAACCUCUCCGUGACGAAAUGUCGACCUGGUUCCAAACUUCAUACAGUUUCGCCAUUUAACUGGGCCGACUGAACUGAACUGAACUUUCGCAAAGACUUCUGGGUCGGUUACUGGUGACAAGGAAAAAAAUUGCCCAAUAGCUGACCGGUGUGACAGUGAUAUGGGCAUCCCCAUUCCCAAAACCCUAGUGAUAUGGGCCUCCCCUUCUCAUAUCACCUUAGCGAUUUGGGUUAGGGUUAGGGUUAGGGUUAGAGUUCCAGGGGAUGCCCAUAUCGCUAGGAUUUUGGGAAUGGGGAUGCUCAAAACGCGGGGAUACCCAUAUCACUGUCACACCGGCGCGUCCCCAGUAGCGAUCGAAGGAGUAUUUGCAAAAGUUCUCUCGGCCCAAUUUCCUCAUAGAUCCCAAAUUAAUUUUAAUCACAUACAGUUCUUUUAAUACGUACACAUCUCUAGCUGUUGUGGACAGUGUUAUGAGUUCCAGAGAUACAAAACUUCAUACAGUUGUCCCUGCCUCUAUAGUAUGGACAUAUCUCUAUCAUAGACAGUUUUCUGGGUCCUAUAGAGACACAAAACUUCGUACAGUUCCUCCUUAAGAAAUGCCAAACUUCGUACAAUGUCUAACUCUACAAUACAUGUACGAACACAACUCUGUAACGCAGGCACUUGGCUCUGUCCCUUUGCUGUCCGUAAUAGGGUUUUGUCUAUAAACAUAGAACAUUAUAAAAGCAACAGUGCUCGCACCUACUAGCAACACCUUUUCUAAUCUUAUGUAAUAAUGAUGGUGAUGAUGAUGAUGAUGACUGUACUUCUGUACUUCUCGUAUGACAAAAGUACAUUUCGUUUGUUUCAUUCUCUCGUAAAUUUUGCAUCAUAAAGAUAUUAUCAUGUGAUCACAAUUAUUAUAUAUGGACUCUAUAAUCAAAUGUUUUUUUGUCUUUGUUUGUUAGGUUGAGCUGAAUCUCAGUCCUGAUGCCUUAAAGUUGAUUGCCAAAAAAGCUUUGGAAAAGAAGACUGGUGCUCGCGGCUUGAGAGCGAUACUGGUACGCACAAAAACGACCAAUAGUUAUCAGUACAAAAAAUAAUUUAACUUUUUGUUUAAUAAAAGUGGCAAAUGUUCGUGUUAAUGUUCCAAACCUUCCGCAUCUACAGUCGGCAGCAAAAUUAGUUGACACGCUUUCCCUUAAAUGGCCUCUCCGACCUUUUGUCAACUUAAAAUACAAGAAAAUACAGCUUUUCCUCCCCCACCCCUUCUAUUCAUAUUGUGCCGCUAAGUGUUCGAGCUACCUGAACGUCGUCGAUGGUUUGUAGUCAAUUGUCAUGCCGACGACAGUGAAUUCACUAGGAUGAAAGAGAAACCGAAGCUCUUUAACGGAACUUCAACUAAGAACCUUAUAAUUACUAGGUCAGAACCUCCCCUGUUGGGCAACAAGAUAUUUGUGAGAACUACAGGACAGGAUAAUUCUUUGUUCGUUUGUAAAAAUUUCCUGGACAUUGUAAGAGUUAAACCUGAACAAGAUAAAAGAAAGAGAUAAAAUGAUUUUAUGCCCGGAAGGUUGGGGGGGGGAACUCCUGAAAACUCUUGGUAGGGUUAGGGUUAAUGUCAUUUUCCACACCCGUUUUCAGACCUGGCCUUAACGCAGAAAUUCUGCCAUCCUUACUUAGAUUAGAGCGUAAACAAAAACAUUUUCAAAAAUCCAUCUUGAAUUGGCAUAUGUCUCUUUCUUUCUUACUCAUUUGGAACUGAAGCGAUAAAUACUUUCAUACACUCCCGUAGUUCCGUUGAAAACCAUACUCGAUUCCAGACCAAAAUGGGCAAAGUGUAUACCAAAAAGGCCCCGAAACCCUACCCGUUGGGGCGGCAUAUGCCUAUUUGGCUUGUAUAAGAGAGUACCCGCCUGGGAUUUUCGUAAGCCUCCUGGAUAAAACUUUCGGAGAUUCCAACAGGAAUCUAGCCUUUGAACUUUCGAUUACUGGUUGCCAGUCCGGUGUUUGGGAGGCUACAGGUACAAUUUCCGCAGAGGACGCUAGAAUUGUCUUUCAGUCUUUGCCUCACGUUCGUGACUUCAGUGAACGUUCUCACCACCGUUCUUUUGUGACGUCGUUUUCUCUCCCAUGUUACAGAUGUGCAGGAAACAGAGCAAACUUUCGCUGUUUCUUGUCUGGCCCAUACGCUGUGUUAUUGUAUUUGAGCCUUGACUCUCUUUUCUCUCUUUUGACAUUAUGGCUGCUUAUUUUUAGGAAAACUUACUGCUUGAACCCAUGUUCGAUGCUCCGGGUUCUAACAUCCGGGCGGUUUACGUAGAUGAACACGUGGUAGAAGGGAAUAAAAAGGCUGAAUACGCAAUGGCCCCAGAAGAAGAUGUUCCAGCGGAUGGAACUGAAGGAUUUAACGAAGAAGAAGAGAGAUAUGCUGGAGACGCUUCUUCAAGAGUUUAAAAACAACAACAACAAACAAUUGUGUAGAUUAAUAGAAACUAUUAUCGGAACCUCUUGUUGCAGCGUUUGUUUUUUGUCUAUUUUUUAAUUCCACUGGCAAAUUGCUUGUGACAUGUAAGGAAAAUAUUCAAACCUGAGGCUAACAAUCUUGAUUAAGUGAUUUUCUGUUACAGAGAGCACAAAUGAUAGGUUUGGUCUCAAAAGAGAUAAACCUACACCUCAAAAGUGUCAGUUUUAUUCUGGCUGUCCCAGGCUGUUACAACUGACUGUGUAUUACUGAUUUUACCUCAUGUUUGAGACUGUCAUCUAAAUUCUUAGGUUAUUCUUAGCGCCAGCGUAUUUGUUUUUUCUUAAUAACAUUUUGGUUAUACUCAUAUGUGUAUGUAUAAAGACAUAAAAUUACAUCGCUUAUUAAUGUACCAUAUACCACGCGUUAAAAUGUCCUUGAAUUAAUAAAUGUUUCACUGCUAACGAUGGUGCACUAGCUAGUUCCAGUUUGUUCUAAGGGUAUCUCAAACUGAAGUACCGCAGAAGAGUGGAACCGAACAAAAUAAGGACCUUUAGAUUUGACUUCAAAUUGGAGCUUGUGUACGAGUGGGAGUAUCAUCAAUGUUCGUGUAGUUAUAAGAGAGCCUAAGCAAAGGCUAAGCCGAAGCGACGCCGUUAACGAAAGUGAGCUCUUCCGGACAUCCCUUCAAGUCCCAUACUUUCGGGAGUAUGCGACUCGAAUUCAGGCUUCUUACAUAAACGAUUUUCCCGAAAAUUUGGGCAAAACCACUGUCAAAGAAUGCAAGAAAUCCACUUCGGUUGACGUACGUUGCUCAAAUCGUAUUAAUUGGAGAACUUUUGGGACGG